UUCUGAAAUGAUGAAUUGUAAGCAUUAUAUAUAGCAGAUAAUAAUACCCAACACACUUCUAUACACGCUAAUUACUAACAUUCAUAAAUAUGCAAUGCAGGUAGUAGAUAGGCUUUUUCAAUUUGAAGAGCAAAAAUGCCCGCAGUAUUUGAAUAAUGGAGUACUACUUUGAUAAAUGUGUUUCAACUCGUUUAAGACGCUGUAUCAACACUAGUAGCAUGGAGAGUUUACGAUUGUCUAUCCGUCCAAACGACGUACUGAUGAACGAAAGAGUGUCUGUCCAGGUGCUGGGGUUGGAGUCCAGGCAGAAAGUGACUAUGCACGCCUCGAUCAAGGGUAGUAGAGGAGAGAUGCUCGCCAGUUCUGGGUGUUACCAGGCAACAACGGACGGGACGCUGGAUCUGGAGAACAUGCCUUCAACUUCAGGUACUUAUACAGGAGUCGACGGUAUGGGCUUUAUCUGGAGCAUGCUCCCUUCCCCUGGUCAGCGUCCGGGAGUCCAGCUGCUGCAUACUGACGUCACAGAACCACAGUUAGUGAAUAUUUCUUUCUACAAUGGUCACCACUGCUUCGAAGAUCUAUACAACGGCCUUUUGGAUCAACCGAUAGUGACAGAUGUUCUGACUCGGUGGUAUAAGUCGCGUGUCACCACAAGAAUUCCUAUUACGUCUGGGCGGCUGAGAGGAACGCUUUUUGUUACCGGAAGGUAA